AUGGCCAAGCUCGUGGCUGUCUUCGGGCGCAUCCUGCUGGCGCUGAUCUUCAUCGCCUCGGGCCUGGACAAGUUCCGGAAUUUCGACAAGGACAGCGGGGGGCCCAUGGCGGGCGUGAUGGCCCCCAAGCUGGAGCACUUCAUGGACAUCGUUUCCAAGAGGACGAACAUAGAGAUCCCCCUGCACAAGGAGCACUACCCAUACCUCAUCCUGUCCGCGGCCUUCCUGGAGUUGGUGGGAGGCGCGCUGUUCAUCCUGGACUCGCCUGUGGGGUCGGUUUUUCUGAUGGCCUUCUUGAUUGGUGCCACCCCAGUCAUGCACAACUUCUGGGACAUCCACGACAGCUCUCAGAUAGGAGAGAUGAUACAUUUCAUGAAGAAUCUAUCCAUUUUGGGAGGCCUGUUGGCGUACACAGCGACGAGACGGGGAGUGGCUGGAAAGUACAAAGAAGAUUGA